AUGGAGACAUUCAUACCCAGUUUGACAACUGUAAAUCAAGACAUGGACGAGGAAAGCAACACAAAACUGAGACUUUUAAAAUAUGAAGAGCAAAAAUACAAAGAUGUCAAGCCAUCAUGGAACCAACUAGCUAAAACAGCAGAAAAGGAAACAAUGAAAUGUGAAACAGUUGGAACAUUCUCUGAACCCUUGAAGUCAGAGAAAACAGAAAAAAUUCAUCAAGAUGAUUAUCCAGAUUACUUUAAAGAAAGUAUAUCUCAACAACAUGUAGUUGCUCUAGAACCAGCUUCACAGAAGGAAAAAGGGACAUCAAAAGUAAAAAAGAGUCACAGUGAUCAUCGUCCAAAAGUUAAGAAAGCCAGGAUUGUGUCAUACGAUAAAACAGAACCAGAAGAUGAUGAUAUGAUAAGACAUAUUAUUAGGCUAAGAGAAAAGCUUGGUUGGCAAACUAUAUUACCCCAGCACAGUUUGAAAUACAGAAGUUGUGAAGUUGAAAGUCAGAAGACUAUUCUAAAGGAAUCUCUGAAAGAUGAUGGAGAAUUUGUAUAUUGCCUUCCUCGGAAUGAUCCUAAAGCCCUUUACAAUCCAUAUGAUCUUCACGUAGUCUCUGCCCAUACAGCUAGACAUUGCAAAGAAUAUUGGAUUAUUACUGCUUCUUUUAUCUCAAAGGUUAUUAAAAUAAGUGGUGGUAUAGAGGAAGUAGAACUUGUACCUGUCUCAGAAUGGCUAUCAGAAAGAAGAUGUUACUAUUUAUUACGGCAAUUUAAGAUAUUUUCCAGUUUCCGAAUUAAUAAAGCAUUUGUUACCUGGAAAUUGAAUGUUAAAAGAAUGAAGAUAGAGAAGAGCAGGUCACUUUUGUCCCACUCUCUUUUUUUGGCUGAUGAGUUAUUUCAAGGCUGUUUGAUUUACGUAAAAGGACUUUGUGAAGAUGCAGUUACUGUCAAAAAUGAUAAUGAACAUAAAGAUAAUACAUCUACCAUAUGCCUUGUGAAGUUGGAUAGUUCUCAAACAUAUUCUCUAGAUGAAUUUUAUGAAGAGCAGUUACAGCAAGCUACCCAGGCAUUGAAACAACUUGAGGAUAUCAGAGAUAAAGCAAUUUCCAAGAUGCAAAGUACAUUUUUAAAGGUUGCAGAAAAGAAAGAAAUUAAAGAAUAUUUUGAGUCAAAACACUCUGAAGAUGACACAACCCAUUUCAAGCUCCCUAAAUAUCGACGUUUAUUAGAAACAAAUUUCAGGUUUAUGAUGCUGGUUGACUACAUAUUUCAGGAACUCAUUCGUCAACUUAUGAACAUUGCAAUCACGCUACUUUUGGAAUUAUUUACUGGUUCUGCUAGAAUGCCAUUUUCAAUGGAAAAAAAGAAUGAAAGUCUCAUUAGAACAGUCCAGGACAACUUUUUUCCUACUGGAAAGAUGACAAAUGAUUGUGAAGAACUUGUCAACAAUUCAAACUCGCAUGCAAUUUCUGUUCUAACAUCAGAAGUAAAAACACACACUGAUGUUGAUGAGGUUUUGAAUAGUAUUAAAGUGGGGAAGAAUUUGAGAAAAAUAUAUGCACCAGUGUUUGAAGUAAAUCUACGCUUGAGAAUUCCUGAGAGUGAUUCUCCAGAAAAUUCUGAAGAGAACUUUCAUGAGCCUGACCAGUGCCCUGACAAAUGUGUGGUAUGUGAAGAUGAAAUGUCAGAACAUCAAGACAACUAUGUCCAAAAAAACUCAAGUGAAGAAUCGUUCCCAAAAGCCAAGAAACCAAAAAAAUUUAGUCAAAACCUUGAAGAUAUUCUUUCAGACACAGAAAUUGCAACUGAGUUUGACAGUAAAUACAUGUAUGAUGAAUUUUCAGAAUUUCCUACAAAUCUCUUUAUAGAUCCCAACAGAUUAGAGUUUUCAAUAAAAAUUCAAAAGAUGGUGACUAAUAUUGAAAAAUGUAUAACCACAGUUACUCCUUUUUGCCAAGAUCCUCGCCUGUCACUGUUUAUUGAUUUGGCUUCAAUUGUGGAUUUACCUAGUAAGAUGGAAAGUGUAAUAAAAUAUAAGAAGCAUACCAGAUGGCCAGAUUGUGAAAUCCUUUUUGAAAUGGAUCCUGCUUACCAAAAUAAAAUUGUGAGUCUCCUGACUAUUAUUGGUAAUUCAAUGGGGCUAGUUAAUGUUUACAGCUGCAAGUUUAUGAAGUAUUGUGCCAUGGUAGAGAAGGCCAAAAUCAUGAGUAUGAAAAUAUCAUCUCUGGGAGAAUUAACUUCAACAGAUUUUACAACUAUACUAAGUAGAUUCAGAAACUAUUUUAGACAUAUUGUGAAUAUGGCCAUUGAGAAGCGCAUUGGUAUUUUCAACGUUGUUAGUCUUGAUUAUCAGUCAGAAUGCUUACCAUAUGUUGACAAUAUUAUACAUAUGAGCCACACACUCUUGCAAUCUCUAAUUGAAAAAAAGAGUGCAAAUCUUUUGGAAGUUGUAGAAUCAUCAUUACGACAGCUAGAAUGUGAUCCUACUGAAAUAGAAGAAUUUGUGAAGCAUUUUACCUUUUUGGAUGAAAUUUCCUCAAAUAUAUCUAAAUUAGAACAAGAGUACUUAACACUUUCUGAGCUAUUUUCUGUUGUAAGGCAUUACAAUAUCCAUAUUUCUGAAGAGCAAAUGGCCAUACAUAAAAUCCUUCUAAUCAAAUUUGGUCAACUAAAAACAUCCAUGAAGUUAAGUAAAACAAAUAAAGAUGCUACUAUAACUAAAUUCAGAGAUAAUUUGGAAGCAUGUAUCACUGGCCUACGAGUUGAUGUUAGUAAUUUAAAAACCAAAAUAAGAACUCCUGUUCUCUUAUAUGCUGGUACUCGAGUGUCAACAGCAAUGGAAAUGAUCCAGACUCUCUCAGAGGAAGCUGCAAGUUUAGCCAACAAAGCUAAAAUGUAUUCAAGCCAGCAGAAUUAUUUUGAUGAUUCUCAGUCUCAUAUGCAUUCUCUUAAUAUGGAAGACAUUACACAGAUUGUGCUUUCAGAGAUCACUGACAUUGAAUAUGACCUAACUUUGAGGAAAAUAUUAUGGGAAGCAAAAGAGGAUUUGAGAACACUCUUUUGGCAAUGGAGGAAAUGUUCUCUUCAAAGUAUUGAUACAGAGUCAGUACAGAGAAAUGUUUCAAAAUGGAUGCACAUAAUCUAUGUACUAGAAAAAGGUUUACCUAAAAAUGAUAUGGUAAAACAUCUUAAGCAAUCGGUGACAGAGUUUAAACAAGAGCUGCCUAUCAUCAUAGCUCUGAGCAACCCCUGUCUUAAGCCAAGGCACUGGGCGGCUCUCCAGGAGAUUGUUGGAAAGUCAAUUUCCCUUGAUAAAAAUUGUACACUAGAGAAUCUUCUAACUCUCAAGAUGUUUCUAUAUGAAAAUGAAAUAAGGGAUAUAUCAACCUCAGCAAGUAAUGAAGCUGCUCUUGAAAAAAUGCUAUUUAAGAUUAUUGACUUUUGGAAUGCCACUCCUUUACAUUUAGUGCUUCAUCACACAGAAAGUUACUCUAUCCUAAUAAUUUCAUCUAUAGAUGACAUAUUAGCUCAGUUAGAAGAAUCUCAAGUCAUACUUGCAACAAUUAAAGGAUCUUCCUAUAUCGGUCCCAUUAAGGAUCUUGUGACUAAAUGGGAUCAAAACUUGACUCUCUUCUCUUACACCAUUGAGGACUGGAUGAAUUGUCAAAGAAAUUGGCUUUAUCUUGAACCAAUCUUUUAUUCUUUAGAAAUACAAAGGGAGCUCCCAGCAGAAACAAAACUUUUUGCUCAUGUGAUUUCCAUGUGGAAAGAAGUAAUGUCAAAAAUACAAAACAAACUGAAUGCUUUGCAAAUAACCACCUCUGCAGGAGUCCUGGAAAUUUUGCAAAAGUGCAAUAUACAUCUUGAAAAUAUAAAGAAAAGUCUUGAGGAGUACCUUGAAAUUAAAAGAGUUAUUUUCCCAAGAUUUUACUUUCUUAGCAAUGCUGAACUUCUUGAUAUUCUAGCCGAUAGCAGGAAUCCUGAGGCUGUACAGCCUCAUCUUGUGAAAUGUUUUGAAAAUAUAAAACAAUUAUUGAUAUUGAAACAAGAAAUUGGCCCUCCUGCUGUAAAAAUGCUCAUAUCUGCUGAAGGAGAAUGUCUUGUGCUGCCAAAGAAAAUUCGUGUAAGAAGUGCUGUAGAACAGUGGCUGGUAAAUGUAGAAAAAAGCAUGUUUGAUGUGCUAAAAAAAUUUAUAAAUCAAGGGGUUGAAGACUGGAACUACCAGAAUUUUUCCCUAUGGGUAGUAUCUCAUCCAGGACAAGUGGUACUCACUGUGAGCCAGAUCAUGUUUUAUGGUGAUUGUAUCAAGAGUUUUGGGAGUUCUCAUUCAAAAGAAGAGUUGGAAAGUGUCCAUGCUGAUGUGAUAUGUCAUCUAGAAGAGGUUACGGGGCUGGUAGUGUUGGAUACUAGUAACUCUCGAACAAAAGCUGUACUAGGAGCACUACUUACCCUUUAUGUUCACUGCAGAGAUAUAGUGAUAAAUUUACUGCUUAACAAUAUCUUCAAUGCAGAGGAUUUUGAGUGGACAAGACAUUUGCAAUAUAAGUGGAAUGAAAAACAAAAGUUGUGCUAUGUGUCUCAAGGAGAUGCUAGCUUUACUUACGGCUAUGAGUACUUGGGCUGCACGCCAAGAUUGGUUAUCACGCCUCUCACAGACCGGUGCUGGCUAACUCUCACCGGAGCGCUGCAUUUGAAUCUAGGAGGCUGUCCUGCUGGUCCAGCUGGCACUGGAAAAACUGAAACUGUCAGAGACCUAGCAAAAUCCUUAGGCAAACAUUGUGUGGUCUUCAACUGUUUUGAGGAUUUGGACUAUAAGAUAGUGAGAAAAUUCUUCUUUGGACUAGUUCAGUCGGGAGCAUGGUGUUGUUUCAAUGAAUUCAAUCGAAUUAAUGUGGAAGUUCUCUCUGUCAUUGCCUCACUGAUCCUAACAAUUAAGGCUGCAAAGGACAGCUAUUCUGUCAGGUUUGUACUGGAAGGAAAAGAAGUUCGCAUUAAUGUGUCUUGUGCAGUAUUUAUCACCAUGAAUCCUGGGUAUACAGGUCGAGUAGAGCUUCCAGAUAACUUAAAAUCUCUGUUUCGCCCAGUGGCAAUGAUGGUGCCCCAUUAUCAAAUGGUUGCUGAAGUAAUACUAUUUUCAUUUGGUUUCAAAUCUGCAAAAUCACUUUCUGGAAAGGUAGCUAACCUUUAUGAGUUAGCUAGCAAACAGCUCUCACAACAGGACCAUUAUGAUUUUGGCUUGAGGUCCCUGAAGACAAUUUUAGUAAUGGCUGGAAAGAAGAAACGGGAGUUUAAAUGUGACACCAGUGACAAUCUAUCUGAAGCAGAUGAAACUCUGAUUAUUAUCGAGGCUAUAAGAGAAGCUAGUUUACCAAAAUGUCCUCCUGAAGAUGUCCCACUUUUUGAAAAGAUUAUAGGAGAUAUUUUUCCUGGAGUGACAGUUUUAAAAGCAAAUCAACUUGCCUUGGAGAAAGUAAUAGAUUUUGCAACGCAACAAUUAGGCUUACAAAAUUUGCCGUCUCAGAAAGAAAAGAUCAUACAGUUUCAUAAUCAACUUGAAGCUUAUGUUGGUGUGAUGUUAGUGGGUCCAACAGGUGGAGGAAAAACAACAGUCAGAAGAAUUUUAGAAAAAGCAUUAGUACUGUUACCAAUUGUAGACUUCUUAUCAUUUGCAGAAAGGGAAUCUACUCCAGAGACUUCAGGAAGAAAAGGAAAAGUAGAUAUUUAUGUUUUAAAUCCAAAGUGUAUCACUCUUGGUGAACUAUAUGGACAACUGGAUCCUAAUACUAUGGAAUGGACUGAUGGAUUAUUAUCAGCAAUAAUUCGAAGUUAUGUCUAUUGUAACACUGCAAGGUGCUCAAGAAAAGAAAUUGAUCUCGCACUAAAGUCAAGAAUCUCAGAUUUAUCGAAUGUUUUCAAAUUUGAUUCCUCUGAUACAGCAGAUAUUGAUAAUGUUUUUGAGGAGAUACAGAGAGAUGUUAAAAUUCCAGAAACUUUUGAUUGGCAGUGGAUUAUCCUAGAUGGUCCUGUGGACACCUUUUGGGUAGAAAAUCUGAACUCUGUGCUAGAUGACACUAGAACAUUGUGUCUAGCAAACAGUGAGAGAAUAGCUUUAACUAAUAAAAUAAGAGUGAUUUUUGAAGUGGACAGUCUCUCUCAGGCCAGUCCUGCUACUGUCAGCCGAUGUGCAAUGGUCUAUAUGGAUCCUUUUGAUCUGGGAUGGGAGCCUUAUGCUAAGUCAUGGCUUUUGAAAACUUCUAAAAUUAUAAGUCAAUCAGGAGUGGAUUGUCUUGAAUUUAUGAUUAAAAAAAGUGUCGCAGAUGGACUACAAUUUAUAAAGAAGCAUCAGAAAUUUCAGCCAUAUGCUAUACAGGAUGUAACAAUUGUCAUAACCCUCUGCAGAAUUCUUGAUGCUUUGUUUGAAUUCAUGAGUGACUAUGGAGGAUUUGGACAAGGUUAUGAGUUGAGUGACACUUCACCUACGGAGAUGAAUUCGCAAGAAGUUUCUGUCAAAUUCAAGGAUAUAGAAAAGAGGGAUGAAAACACAUGGUAUCUGGAAAGAAAUCCAGAUAAAUUAGCAGUAAUGAUUCAAAAGCUUUUUGUGUUUGCAUUUACUUGGGCAUUUGGAGGAACUUUAAACCGUGAAGAUGAACAUAAAGAUGAUAUACGAUUUUGUCCCAGUUUUAAAUCUGAUUCACUUGCAAAAGUAACCUAUGAUUUUGACAAACUUGUUCAUGAAUUAUUUGGAAACAAUUCACAAGUAGGCAUUAACCUACCAACUGGUGAACAUACUAUCUUUGAGUAUUUUGUGGAUAUACAGCAAUGUGAAUUUAUACUUUGGUCAGAUGUAGUUCCUAGAGAUCAGACACUAAUUCAAAGAGGAACUUCAUUUCUAACUGAUCGAGGAUCUGGUGAAAACCUCUUGAAGAUAACAGAAUAUAGAGAGGGUGUUAAUUAUACCUCUACAAGAGAUACGACAUGCCUUUGUUUUCUCAUGAGCCUUCUUUUAAAGAAUUCCUGCCCUGUUCUUGUCACAGGAGAAUCUGGUGUUGGGAAGACUGCUGCCAUAAACCAAAUGCUUGAAAAGUUAAAAAGUCCAGGAGCAUUUGACAUAAAAUAUGGUUCAAUUUUAGGAGAUGUCCUAUUAUAUAAUGAAUUUAAAAAAUCAAGCCUAAACCGGAAUAUGAGCAUCUUGAUUUCUGAAACUCAUAAGGCAGCAUCUGGAAAUCUAGAUAAUUCUACUAAAAAGCCAGAAGUUAGAACUGACGAAAGUUCAUUUAAAAAUAAUAAAAAUAAAGGAACUACAGUCUCCACAAUAAAUUUUGGCACCAAUACGACAGCUGCCAAAACCAAGGAGAUGAUUCUUAAGAAACUAAUAAGAAGAACUAAAGACACUCUUGGAGCACCAAAACACAACAGGACUGUAAUAUUCCUUGAUGAUAUGAAUAUGCCAGUGUCAGAUAUGUAUGGAGCAAAGCCACCCCUGGAAUUGAUAAGACAAUUAUUAGAUUUGGGAGGAGUUUAUGAUACUGGAAAAAAUGCAUGGAAGAAUAUUCAGGAUCUCUCUAUAGUUGCAGCUUGUGUUCCUACAGGUGGUGGGAAUGAUAUUAGCCCACGUCUUCUCAAACAUUUUUCCAUACUGGUAUUGCCUCAUCCUUCAUCAGGUGCCAUAUGUGCUAUUUUCCAGGCUCAUUUGGGAAUGUAUUUCUCCGUCAAUAACUUCACAUCCGAUGUUCAGAAAAGUAAGAAUGAGAUGACAUCGUGUUCCUUAGCCAUAUACCAUCGAGUACAUCAGAGUAUGUUACCAACCCCAACAAAAUGUCACUACUUGUUCAAUCUUCGAGAUGUGUUUAAGCUUCUCCUAGGAUUGCUGCAGGCUGACAAGGCUGUUAUUAACUCCAAAGAGAUGGCUGCUCUGCUCUUUGUUCACGAAGCAACCCGAGUGUUUCACGAUCGCCUAAUUGAUUCCACUGAAAAAAGCCUUUUCUAUCAGUUGCUUUCAAAGGAACUCGAGAGCUAUUUUCAGAUUCAAUGGUCCAAAGAAGACCUGAUGAAUGAUUCAACUGUAUUUGUGGACUUCUUGGAUACAAACAAGCCUCAUAGAAAAAAGAUCUAUCAGAAUACCAAUGACUAUAAUAAACUUAACAGUGUACUUAAUGAAUUCCAAAUGAAGUUGGGUUUAACACCUUUGGAGAUUUCUCAUCCUAUGGUGUUCUUCAAGGAAGCCAUAGAACACAUCACAAGAGCCACAAGGGUCCUUCGACAACUAGGGAGCCACAUGUUACUGGACUCACUUAUGGAAGAUUUGAAGUACAUUAUUAAUUCGGGGAGAAUACCUGACUUGUUUGAAAAUGAGGAGUUGGACUCUAUUGCAGUAAAGAUCAGAUCUCUUCCUGAACAGUUUGGUCGUGCGGAUGAUAGGCAAUCUUUACUUUCAUUCUUUCAAAAGAGAAUAUAUAAAAAUCUUCAUAUUUUUAUGAUCAUGAGUCCUGAAGGACCUAACUUCCGCCACAUUUGCAGAGUAUAUCCUUCUAUGAUUAGCUCCUGCACAAUUGAUUGGUACAAGAGGUGGCCAGAAGAAGCUCUCCUUAUCGUAGCCAACUCAUUCUUAAGAGAAAAUGUGAAUUUUGAGAACAGAAAGAACUUAAAAGAAAAGCUUGCCCCAACAUGUGUCCAAAUCUACAAAAGCAUAAAAGACUUGAGCCCAAAAUACUUUCAAGAAACUAGACGGCAUUAUUAUAUCACUCCCAGUAGCUACUUGCAAUUCCUGGAGACAUUUGCACACAUUUUGAGGUCACAAGAGAAGGAGAUGCACAUGAGGAGGGAUUGUUUCUGUAUGGGUCUAUCCAAGAUCCUGGAAGCAACCACACUAGUUACAGAUAUGCAAGAGGAGCUUUUGAUUCUUGGGCCUCAAAUAGAACAAAAAACAAAGGAAAUAGAAACCCUAAUGGAAAAACUACAGAAAGAUUCACAAGUAGUUGAGAAAGUUCAGAUGCUUGUUAAGCAGGAUGAAGAAAUUAUGGCAGAAGAAGUGAGAAUUGUGGAAGAUUAUGCUCAGAAAACUGCCAAUGAACUAAAAGGAGUCCUGCCAGCCUUAGACAAGGCAGUUGUGGCUCUCAACGCCCUAGAUAAAGCUGAUGUCGCUGAAUUAAGAGUAUACACACGGCCUCCCUUCCUUGUGCUGACUGUCAUGAAUGCAGUAUGUAUUCUUCUGCAAAAGAAACCUAACUGGACAACAGCAAAGUUACUUCUUUCAGAAACUGGUUUCUUAAAAAAGUUGAUUAACCUUGACAAGGACAGCUUACCUGAUAAGGUUUUCAUGAAGCUGAAAAAAAUUUUAAUCUUGCCUGAUUUCAACCCAAAAAAGAUUGCUUUGGUUUCCGUUGCUUGUUGCUCUAUGUGCCAGUGGGUUAUAGCUUUGAAUAACUACCAUGAAGUACAGAAGCUGGUGGGCCCUAAACAAAUCCAAGUAGCUGAAGCUCAAAAUGUCCUUAAAAUUGCACGACAAAGAUUGGCCGAAAAACAAAGAGGCUUGCAGUUGGUUGAAGAACACUUGCUCUUUCUGCAAGCAGCCUACAAAGAUACUGUUGCUAAAAAUAAACUAUUAGCACAGCGGAGAAAAAUGGCCAGCAGGCGCUUGCAGUAUGCAUCAGUCUUACUAACUGUCCUGGAAGAUGAGAAGACUCAAUGGGAAGAAAUAAUAUAUCAAAUAGACAACAAAUUGCAAGGAAUUUUGGGUGACAUACUUCUUUCAGCAGCAUGCAUUGUCUACAGUGGAGUUUUAACACCAGAAUUUCGCCAGUUGAUUGUGAAUAAAUGGGAGAAUUUUUGCAUUGAAAAUGGCAUUUCUUUGUCUUCCAACUUUUCUUUAAUUAAAGUCAUGGGACAAAAUUAUGAGAUCAGCCAAUGGCAUAAUCAAGGGCUACCUCUUGGUCAGCAUUCAACAGAGAAUGCCAUCUUGAUCAAGAACUGCCAGCAGUGGCCACUGCUGAUCGACCCACACAAGCAAGCACACAGCUGGAUCCGUCAGAUGGAAGGGUCCAGGCUGCAGGAGCUCUCCAUUGAAGAUAGCAGUUACACCAAAAAAAUUGAAAAUGCUAUGAAAACAGGAGGAAGUGUCAUCUUGAAGAAUCUCCAGGAAACAUUAGCUCCUGGUUUAAAGGCAAUUUUGAAGAAGGAUAUCUAUCAGAAACGAGGACAAUAUUUCAUAAGAGUUGAUGAUUCUGAGAUUGAAUACAAUCCCAAAUUUAGGUUGUAUUUGUCUACAGCCAUAGACAACCCCCAUUUUCAUCCAUCAGUUUCUAACUUUGUUACUAUGAUCAACUUCACGGUAACAUUCCAAGGUUUGCAAGAUCAACUCUUAUCUACUGUGGUAACUCAUGAAGUUCCUCAUUUAGAAGAUCAGCGUUCCCAGUUAUUGGACAAUAUUUCCCUUGAUACUGUAACUCUUAAAGAACUAGAGGGAAAAGCACUAAAUUUGCUGCAGAAAAUACAAGGAUUUGUAUUGGAUGAUGAGGAAAUUAUAGAUACCUUAAGAAAAUCUAAAAUGAGAUCAAAUGAAAUUUCAAAGCGCAUCAAAGCAACAAAAAAAGCUGAAAGUGAGAUCCAAGCAACACGUAAAAACUAUCUCCCCAUUGCUACCCGAGGUGCCCUGCUCUACUUUCUAGUUGCUGAUCUGACACAAAUCAACUACAUGUACCAGUUCUCCCUAGACUGGUUUCAUCAAGUUUUUGUUUCAUCAGUAGUUUUAGAAAGCAAAGAAGAACAUAGUUCAAAACGGGAGAAAAUGUCUCUGAAAAAAAUUCAUAAGAUUACAGAUACUUCAGAAGAACCUAACUUGGAAAAUGAGAACAAUUCCUUAAACAGGCAUAUUAAAAAUGCAAUAGAUGUGUUGACAAGAAACAUUUUUAAGGUGGUUUCUCCAGCUCUAUUUAAUCAAGAUAAACUUUGCUUCUCUUUUCGACUUUGCACUGCAAUCAUGCAAAAUAAUGCUAAUGAAAAUCUAAUGCAAGAUGACAUUGGAUCCCUACCAGAAGAAGAAUGGAACAUCUUUUUAUAUUCUGGCAUAUUGAUAAAUAUUAAAAGUACAUUAUCCCAGCCUAGACUUAAUAUCACGUUUGCAAUACAUAAAAACCAACAUCUUCAGUGGCUGUCAGAUUCCAGGUGGAGGCAGUGCCAAUAUGUUAGCAGUCACCUGAAACCAUUUGCACUUCUGUGCAAAUCCCUUCUAUCGAACAUAUCACAAUGGGAUGCUUUUAAGAACAGUAAGAAUGUUUAUUUUUUGAUCAGCACACCUUUCUGUUCAGAACAUGCUUCAUCGGAGGAAAGUACAAAACCACCAGAGCAAACUGAACUUUUGAAUGAAAAUGAAGAAAUGUGUAAUCCUAUAAACUUUCCUUGGGAGAAACUCACUCCAUUUCAAAGACUUAUUUUGGUAAAAAUCCUUAGACCAGAACAUUUAAAGAAUUCAGUAAGAAGUUUUAUCACUGAAAAAAUGGGAAAUGAAUAUCUUCAAACAACCGAAGUUAAUUUGAAAGAAUCAUAUAAACAAUCCAAUGCCAGAACUCCACUGGUACUUAUUCACUCUCAUGGGAUUGACCUCACCAAUAUUCUCCUGAGAUUGGCACAAGAGCUAAAAGGAACAACGAAUCAUGUGACCAUGAUUUCUUUGGGCCGUGGCCAGGCAGCUAAAGCUGAAGACCUCAUUGUUAAAGCACUCGCCAAAACACAACAAUGGGUCUUCCUCCAGAACUGCCACCUUGCAGCAUCAUUUAUGCCAAGACUUUGCACCAUUAUAGAAUCAUUUAACAGUCCAAAUGUGACAAUAGACCCUGAGUUCAGGCUGUGGUUAAGCUCAAAAUCAGACAGUUCUUUUCCAAUUCCUAUUCUUCAAAUGAGUUUAAAGAUUGCUGUGGAAUCUCCCCAGGGAUUGAAAAGUAAUUUACUUCAGACGUUCGGAUAUACUGGAAAUGGAGAGGUAACAGAAGAGGAAUUUGAAAAGCCCGACUGUGGAGAAUGGUGGAAAAAACUUUUGUUCAGCCUGUGUUUCUUCAAUGCUGUGAUCAAUGAAAGAAAAAAUUACGGAAUAUUGGGCUGGAAUAUUGGUUAUAAAUUUCAUUCUUCAGACUUGGAGGUUGCCAUAAAGGUAUUGGAAAAUUCCCUGAACGGACAGGCCAAUAUUCCAUGGAAAGCACUGCACUACCUGAUCGGUGAAGUGAUUUAUGGUGGCCAGGUGACUGACAGCUGGGACAAGCGAUGCUUGAAGACCCUUCUCUACAAAUUUUGUAAUCCUGAAGUUGUAAAAGAUGACUUCAGUUUCUCUAGAGAUGAGUUAUAUCAGCCAGUGCCCAAAGGUGCGAGCCUGGAGGACUGCACACACAUUAUCCAGUCCCUACCUGAUGACGAUCCUCCAGAGGUCUUGGGAGUACACCCUGAGGCCAUAAGGAGCCGCAGGGAGAUUCAGAGCCAGAAGUUUAUUGAAAGUCUCAUUGCUAUGCAACCAAAAGCUACCACUGCUGCCACCCUCAAGAGCCGACCUAAGCAGAGUAAUGAUGAACUGGUGAUGGAGAUUUUAUCUGACAUGCUAAAGCGGUUGCCACUGACAGUGGAGAAAGAAGAAGGUGCUGCUGGAACUGCAAACACACUGAAGGGCAUAAUGUCAAGCCCCAUUUGGGAAUCUCUUUCCGAAAAUCUCAAAGAUCAUGAUCCCCUUAUCCAUUGUGUCUUGCUAACCUUUUUGAACCAAGAAAUUGAGCGAUUUGAUAAGUUACUAUUUGUCAUACAUAAAUCUUUAAAAGAUCUUCAACUUGCAAUAAAGGGAGAGACCAUCCUCACACAAGAAUUGGAGGAAAUAUUUAACUGUUUCCUUAACAUGAAAGUGCCUACAGUGUGGCAGAAACACGCCUACAUGUCGUGUAAGCCACUGAGUCCCUGGGUUAAUGAUCUCAUCCAGCGACUGAACUUCUUUAAUACAUGGGCCAAAGUGGCUUUCACUGCAAUACGUCGUCGGUAUAUGAGAUUUAUCACAGCUUGGAAGCAGUCUGUUCAAUCAAAAUCCAAACUGCCUGCUGAUCCGGAGAAUUUCUUUGAAGGAUUUCCUGCAAGAUACUGGCUCCCAGCUUUCUUCUCCCCACAAGCCUUCCUCACCGCCGUGCUUCAGGACUACGGAAGGGCCCGGGGCCUCUCCAUGGACGCCCUCACUUUCACCCACCAUGUGAUUUCUGACACCAGCGACAUCACAGACGAGGAGUUCUCCAUCGUCAUCGAAAAGAAACUCAACAUAGUCAGGAGAGCCUUUCAGGGCUUGGACCCCUCACACACUGGAGUUUACAUCUUCGGUUUAUUCAUCGAGGGGGCAAGGUGGAAUCGUGAACAAAAAAUACUAGAAGACUCACUGCCUCUUGAAUUGUGUUGUGAUUUUCCUGUUAUAUACUUUUUGCCAACAAAGAUUUCUACUGAAACACCAAAUGCUUCUAACCAGACAGAUUCAGACCUCUAUACCUUUGAAUGCCCAGUUUAUCAGACACCUGAGAGGUCAAGAAUUUUGGCAACUACUGGUUUAUCAACAAACUGUUUAACAUCAGUGCAUUUAUCAACAAAGAAACCUCCUAGUCACUGGAUCACAAUGCAAGUUGCAUUGCUGUGUGAGAAGAAUGAAUGAAAAAUUAAUUUCCAUACCAAGCAUUUUAA